GAGGCGGCUCCCCCUCCCUCCCUCCCCGCACUCGCAACACGCAAAGAACUGCGCGUGUCUGCGUGUCUCUGUGUGUCCCUGUGUCUCUGUGUGUUCCUGUGUCUCUGUGUGUGCCUGUGUGUGUGUCGCCUUCCCAGUCCACAUCUCCCACACCCACUCCUCCUUCUCGCAGCGAAGUCGUUUGCAGUCGUCCAGACAGCAAGAGGCGACGACGAUUCGGAACUGUGACACUACCGUAGCAGGGCCACGGCCGUGAGUCGCGUCGUACUCUUAGCAGCAGAGCGAGCAAAGUGGAGGACGUUCGCGGAUAGGAAUUGAGGCUUCAACCUGCGCGGUUGGAAGAGCGGGCACGAGAGGAUAUUUUUGUUUGUUUCUGGCGUACAAGACGGAUUAAAGCAGAGAGAGAGUGAGGGGUUGUUGGGCGAAUGUUAAGCCCGCGUCUUGCUCGGCGUACAUAGGAGGUGUGGGAAGGGGGUGAUUCAGGCAGGUCGGGAGGCAGUCCGCCCGCUCGCCUGGCCGCUUCUCUCGUCUCGUUCAUGGCUUCUUGUUGAACGCCCUCGUUGGUCGGUGGCUUGGUUUUGUCGUCGAGCUCGCGAUGCCGAUCGCGAUCAUGGAGCGGCUGCCGCUGCCCACGCUGCAGACGUACGUGGCCACCAGCGUGGGCCUCCUGUCCGUCGGGCUGCUGUCGGCCUACUCGCGGGCCCGCAGGCACCUCGACCACGGGCUCGGCCAGCCGGGCGAGCAGCAGCAGCAGCAGGCAGGCGUCAGUGUCGUUGUUGGCGAUGCCGGUGGUGGUGGUGAUGGUGAUGUUAUUGGCGAUGCCGGCGAUGUUCACGGUGGAGCAGAAGAGGUGUCCGGGUUUGCGGGGGUUGUGGCCUUGUCCAUGAUCAGCGACGUGUGGAGCGUCUGGAUCCUGGUGAAUACCGCCUGCUGCCUGCUCAUUCUCAUCGCCAAGGGGAUGCAGUACUUGGUGUUUGGCUCGCUGCGAGUGAGCGAGAGGCAGCACCUCAAGGACAAGUUCUGGAACUUCGUCUUCUACAAGUUCAUCUUCAUCUUCGGGGUGCUCAACGUGCAGUCCGUGGACGAGGUGGUGCUAUGGUGCAUCUGGUUCUCCGUGCUGGCCUUCAUGCACCUGAUGGUGCAGCUCUGCAAGGAUCGGUUUGAAUACCUCUCCUUCUCGCCCACGACGCCCAUGGGCAGCCACGUGCGCGUGCUGUCCCUGCUGCUCGUCAUGAAGCUGCUGUGCCUGGCGCUCAUGCUGGUGUGCGUGGUCGUGGGGCAGUCGCAGGGCAUGCACACCUUCUCCUUCAUGGCGGCCGAGUGCCUCCUGGUUGCUUUUAGGACCAUGCAUGUCCUAAUAAGGUAUGCCAUUCACUUGUGGGACCUCAACCAUGAGGGCACGUGGGAGAACAAGAGCACCUACGUGUACUACACGGACCUGAUUAUGGAGCUCACUCUGCUGUGCAUCGACCUCAUGCACCACAUCCACAUGCUGCUCUUUGGGAACAUCUGGCUGUCCAUGGCGAGCCUCGUGAUCUUCAUGCAGCUGCGCUAUCUGCUGCAUGAGGUGCAGCGCCGCAUCCGGCGACACAAGAACUACCUGCAGGUCGUCGGCAACAUGGAGGCCAGGUUCGCGGCCGCCACUCCGGAAGAGCUGGCGUCCAACAACGACGAUUGCGCCAUCUGCUGGGACUCGAUGCAGUCGGCGCGCAAGCUGCCCUGCGGCCACCUCUUCCACAACGCGUGCCUGCGCUCGUGGCUGGAGCAAGACACGUCGUGCCCCACGUGCCGGAUGUCGCUGAACAUCAACGGCGGCGGCGGUGGCGGCGGCGCGGGCGUGGGAGGCGUCGGAGAGCACGGGGCGCGCGGGGUGGGGGGGGCUGCCACGCGCGACAACAUGGCCCCCCUGGACGACGCGAUGGCCGGAGAGGUCGGGGACGACGGGCCCCGGAUCAACCAGCGCAAUCACUUCUUCCACUUCGAUGGAUCGCGAAUCGCGAGCUGGCUGCCGAGUUUCUCCGUGGAAGUGAUGCACAGCUCCAAUCUCAUCGGCCUCCCAGCCGUCACCAACUCCCAGCUCAACACCAUGGCACACCAGAUCCAGGCCAUGUUUCCGCAGGCGCCGUACCACGCCAUCCUGCAGGACCUGCAGCUCACGCGCUCGGUGGAGGUGACGACGGACAACAUCCUUGAGGGUCGCAUCACCGUGCCCUUCCCCAUGCAGCAGAGGCAAGAACCUGCUGGAGGGGUUCGGUUUGGGGGGCCCGAGAGCCCCCUAGCAUCGGAUACAGGCUCCCUACUGCAGACGGCCGCGUCCAGGGCCGACCUCUCGAGCUUCUCUCCGCCCGUCGAGCGCCCGUCAGAGCCGGACAAAGCGACGGGCGAAGACGGCGGCAGUGGCGGCGACGACUCGGCCUACCUGCUGGCCGCCAGCGCCGACAAGGAAGAGGACGACAUGCGGUCAGCGGCCGCAGGCGCCGCCACCCAUCGCGAGCGGUUCCCCGGGAGCCCGCGCUUCCCCCCGGCCGGUCUAGGCGCACGCCAUGAUGACUCGGCCGGCAGAGGAGUGGACGAUGCCGCGGCGGGCGUGACGAGACCCGAGUGCGAGACGACGGGUGGGCGCUUCUCCAAGUCGGCGGAGGAGCGCCACCGCAUGCUGCAGCAGCGGAAGGAGCAGCUCGUGUGCCAGGCGCGCAGAAAGUACCUGGUUCGGCCGUCGACAGAGUGGGGCGCGGAGGGAGGCAUGGGAGGCACGGGGAACGUGGAGAUGGAGCGCACGGACCCGGCCUCCGUGCGCAGACGCACGCUGGCAGCCGCCAUCAGCAACCGCCUCCCGCACAGACACUCGCAUCCACCGCACCCGCCGCACCCGCAGUGAGACGUGCGUGCGUGGUGGCAGUCGUACCCCAAUUUCCACUGGCACACCCAGAAUCAGAAUAUUUAUUUAGGCUGCAGGAGGAGACCGCUGAGCUACGAAGUUCCUUUUCAAAGAUGUCCAGUAGGGGAGGGUAGGCUGAGCCAGGGUGGGGGGGGGGGGGCCCUCACGGUACGGGUGGUUUUCUGCUGGCCGUUUGCCGUGCCGACCCGGAACCAAACCGUGCCACGCUGGCCUUGCAAGACACCCGAACCUGGCACGGGUGCCAAGAGAGGCCAGGGGCGGGGGUUCUUGAUGCGUUCAUUGCGAGGGAUUUCAGUCGAUGCAACCCAAACCCAGCGACAUCGCUUCGUCUACACGCAUUGUCAAUGUAAAAACGACCUGGCACCUUCGGGGGCCACGUGCCGGCUGACUCGGCACAGUCCCGGCACAGCUCGGUUGUACAGUGGAAAAGAGGUAUUGGUGGCCACCUCGCUGCACAAGCACACUAGCCCACAGUCGUAGCUACACGUUGACAAACUCUAGCACAUACAACAGGAGUACCUUCGGAGUGUAUAAAAAUGCACGCACAAACGAGAGCAUUGUUGGUCUGUCCGGACUGUUGUUGUGAGGGUGAUUUGCGAGCGCCUGUUACGACCAGAACGAUGAUGGGGUCGGUGCGACCAGUGCCAUGUAUGGCAAUGUUCAUUUUCCCUACUGCUCAUUUACGACUGAGUCGACGAAGGUGAGAUUCAGGCCAAGAAUCGAACCCAGGUUUAUGGGAUUUUUAAGGUAGUGCACUGCCCACUGCAGUCCCACUCAAUUCAUAUGUAGCACACACACACACACAUGCUGAGUGGUACAGCGAGCAUUACUUAUAUAACUUCAUUAGCCCACGCUGAUGUUUUACUUUUCUACCAACUCGUAGUGCUUCUACGUUGAUCUCGACUGCUAGCUGGAUUUAAUUCGCACCGUCGUGGGUGCCGCAGGUGUAGCCCAGCCGUCGUGUGCAGCCGCGUGCGGAGCGAUCGCCACUGCUGCGGUGGUAAUGGUGGCGGUGGCGGCUUUAACGCUCGGACUGCGUUGCUUUGUUUCACGCGGUGAUCUGAUGGCUGCGCCCAGGAACGUUGUAACGCUGGCCUGCCCCCUCCUGCCCCUGCCUGCCCCCGGCGGUGCCCAGCGCGAUGCGGUUUUUUCUCGCUGUUGCUGUCUGCAGGCUGUCAAUUAACCAUACAAUAGGCGAUGCUUCGGGCAGCGGCGUUUCUUCAUAGCACAUCGUACAUUUGCGAUGAAGAACGGCCAUUUCCGGAAACGUGCCUGUUGUAUAUUUUAAUUUUAAGGCCGCUGUUAACGACCGGUGUGUCGAGUUGUUUUUGUUGUCUGUGCGUGUGCUACCACUGCCAACGCAGCAGCAGCAGCAGGGUCGCCAAAUGUUGCGAGCGUGUGAUGAGUGCCCCACCCGGUUGCGCCGCGUUACCCCCACGGCAGCGAGCGAUUAACACGAUCACGCAGCGUUAAUGAUCGCGGAUUCCAGUUCCGUCCUGCGUCACGGGAACUGAUUCCCUCCUCGGCCGGGGAGGAGACGCGACGAGAUGCAGGGGGCGUCCGUGCGCAUUUCCCGACGCCGUGAAUUUCAUUUUUGACUCGGAAAGCGCGACUCGUCAUUUCGGCUCUUGGCCAUGGCUUAAAGAGGCGCGACCCUCGUGGCAUUUGGAGGCGUCGAGCUCAAACCUCGCGUGCGCGCUGUAACGUACCCAACGACGAUGGCAAUCUGUGCGCUCCUCUUAAUGGAAUUCCGUUGGAGUGUUGCGGAGAGCAGUGCACUUUCAAGCUCCCGUGCUUCAUCCGCCACCUGUCGAAUCGCAGCGUCGUCAGGCGCUCCAUCCGCGAUCUGGAUUUUAGGGAAAAUCUGUAGUCAGUAUGAGCACAGUGAUAGGUCACUUAUGUAAGUAUAAAGUAAAUAUGCUGAAUUUAAACGCGCUGUACAGAGUUACGUGUACCGGCGGUAACGCACGCCCGUUCCGAGUCGUGCGCCGGUCUUGCUUUUCGCUUGUGGUGUCAUAUAUGACCUAACCAUUGCAAUGCAGGUGCACCCCUUUGUACAGAUUAUGAAAACAAGUGUAUUUUUGUUGUACUGUUAAUGUUUUUUUUUCUCAAUGUUUCUCGAAUAGAGGGAUGGUUAAUUGUAGAUAAACGUAAAAAUUUGGGUUUUGAUUUUUAUAUUAUUUUGUUUUGGACGCGGUUCGGACCCCAAUAAAUUUGCCUUCAACCCUGUGCCUUUGAAUCGAUGUAAACUACCGCAAUUCAUUUUGGCAUCGCACAUUCAUUCAUUAUUUAACUUGUGUGUUCGCCAAAUGAAAUACGUGUACUGUACAUAAAAGGAAGCGGCCAGUGUUUUGAUGAUUAGACACUAAGUAACUUUUACAACAACAACAAAAAAACCGACUACAAUUCACUCUUAAGUCAAAACGUCCAAGGGUCUCCCUGCUUCAAUGGGUGUUGGGUGGUGUUCAUGCUCUGUAGGUUGUCGCGGACGUGCUGUAUAGCCUCCGAUGUGUUGUUCGGCACGGUGUCGUGAUGUCCCGACGUUUCAGAAGAAGCUCUCGGCACGAUGAUGUCCAAAACGUCGAACCACGCCACACAACCCGAAUACUGGCGUGGGGAGGUGGGCAGUUAUUUUGUAUACAGGAAAUCUAUUGUUGACUCACUCCACACGGUAGUGCUCAUUGCACCGACCGCUGGAAGGAUUAUUAGCCGAGUUAACCGCCAACCAGGAUUUGAACUUGUGACCUUCAGAUUGCUGAUCGAGUACUUGAGCCGCAGCGCCACCCGACCAACCUAAACUCCACUAACGCAAACUUGUGUUAAACCAUUGUCGUUAGUGGCUACUGUUGGAAAGUAAUGUAAUAAAUGAGCCUGUGCGUACUUUUGGGUUUCUCAUGCUCAACACUUUUUGAUCGCUGCCUUGUGUCCGUGUAAUGUAAAAGCUAUACUGGAAUACGUAAAACAUUUUAAAAGUUGUUUUUGUGUCAAUGAACGCCUUGUGGCUGGAACCAUUUGACAAUCUUGAGCCAAUAUUCUUCCCCGCGGCAUUUUUUUUGCGUUCUCUUCGUUUCAACGUCACGCCCUGCGAGAAUUGGCAAAGUAUUCUAUGAACGGUGGUGGCAGGGUUCCCCCUGUCAGACUGGGCCGGUCCAAGCACCGCCUUCCUGGCCAGAUUCAGAAUAUUUACACUGGAGGAAUCCGGAUGAGCUCUAAAGAUCUUUUGUUUUUGCACAGAUGUUUUGCAAAGUUCCGUGUUCCGGACUUAUCAUACCGGGUUUAACAUAGUCCUGCUGCCAUCGUGUGCCAGCGGCACGGUCCAGUUUCGGAACAUAAAUCCGCAAAUUUCUAAAUUGCCAUUGCAAUACAGCAAUUAUAACCGCAUUGCUUUACCCAA